AACGUUCCGGGGAAAGUGCUCGGGGGAAGCCAAGGGCCCCGCCUGCAAUCGCUGGCCCGGGGCUCUGCGCACUCCAAGGGCCCAGCUCCCAGGCCGGGUCUGCCCACGUGGGCGCGGGAAGCGCGGGGUAUGCGGGCCGCCUGGCCAAGCUGCACUUGCCAGGAACCGGCGCAGACACAGGCCCUUAGCGCCGCGGGAACCCGGCCAGGCCCACCGCGCGCUGCGCCACAGGGGCACAACCGCAGGGCGCCCCCCCGACCGCGCGACGCUCCGCAGGGGCGCCCACAGCCCUGCGGGUCACAGAGAUGCUACCUCCAACCCAGGGGGGCCCGGAGCUGCGAGGGCCUAGCAAACGCCAGCAGUCCCCGCCGGGCUCUAGCCAUUUUACGGCAGUGGGCCCCGCCCCCGCGCGCCACAGGGGCGGGAAGGAGGUGUGCGGCACAAGCCAGCCAAUCCGCGCCACCAUCUCCAGCCCUGCACCCUGUCAUUGGCCGAGAACCGGACGGCGCGAUGCGGCCGUAAGGCGUGGCUGAGUGUCGUGAGGCGGGCCAGCGGCUAGGGCGCCCUCGGCCGGCUUUGGUCGGAGUGUCCGGCUCCGGGAAGCGGCAGCAGCGGCACGGACGACUUGGGGUCUGGUGUCCCGCACAACCAUGGCUGGCGCGCUGGUGAGGAAAGCGGCCGACUAUGUCCGAAGCAAGGAUUUCCGGGACUACCUCAUGAGGUGCAGUUCCUGGAGCAGCAGAACAAGAUGCCGGGGACCAAGUGGAGCCUCCUGCAGCAGCAGAAGACAACUUAGAGCAAGAUGGACUAUAUGUUCGAGAGUGACUUCAACAGCCUUCCGCUACAGCUGGACACUCCGGACCAGGAGAAGCUAAAGCUGGAGGCAGAGCUUGGCAACACACCGGGGCUGGUAGAGGACUUCAAGAACAAGUACAAGGAUGAGGUCAGUAAGAAUACAGAGAUGGAGAAUGAAUUUGUCCUCAUCAUCAAGGAUGUGGACGAAGCUUACAUGAAGAAGGUAGAGCUGCAGUCUUGCCUGGAAGGGUUGACUGAUGAGAUCAGCUUUCUUAGGCAGCUUUGUGAAGGGAUCUGGGAGCUGGAGUCUCAGAUCUCAGACACAUCUGUGGUGCUGUCCAUGGACAACAGCUGCUCCCUGGACAUGGUCAGCAUGAUUACUGAGGUCAAGGCCCAGUAUGAGCAGAUUGUCAACCACAGCCAGGCCAAGACUGAUAGCAUGUACCAGAUCAAGUAUGAGAAGCGGCAGACACUGGCCUGAAAGCACGGAGGUGACCUGCAUUGCACAAAGCCUGAGACCUCCCAGAUGAACCAGGACAUCGGCUGGCUCCAGGCUGAGACUGAGGGCUUCCCUAGAGGCCACCACCACAGAUGCCAGGCAGUACUGGGAGCUGGCCCUUAAGGAUGCCAAUGCCAAGCUGUCUGAGCUAGAGGCUGCCCUGCAGUGGACCAAGAAGGACAUGGCGCAGCAGCUGCACGAGCACCAGGAGCCAGUGAACAUCAAGCUGGCUCUGGACAUCGAGACUGCCACCUAUAGGAAGCUGCUGGAGGGCGAGGAGAGCUGACUGAAGUCUGGGAUGCAGAGCAUGAGCAUCUGUAUAAAGACCACCAGUGGCUAUGCAGGUGGACUAAGCUCAGCCUGCAGGGACUUCACAAGCCCUGGCCUCAGCUAUGGCCUGAGCUCGUUUUGGUUGUGGCAGGGGCUCCAGCUCCUCUGGGGCCAUGGCUGUGAAGAUGAUCAAGACCUGUAAUGGGAAGCUGGUGUCCGAGUCCUCUGAUGUCCUGCACAAGUGAAGGGCCACGGCAGCCCCCUCCCAGCCUACCUACCCUGGGGCUUACCCAGAACCUGUUGGGGAGGCCCUGUGCAGAGGAGCACAGGGAACAGGAGACCUACGUGAAUUAGUCCAUUUUCACACUGCUGAUAAAGACAUAGCCAAGACUGGAAAGAGAAAGAGGUUUAAAGGUCUUACAGUUCCACACAGCUGGGGAGUCCUCACAAUCAUGGUAGAAGGCAAGGAGGAGCAAGUCACAUCUUACAUGGAUGGCAGCAGGCAGAGUACGUUUGUACAGGGAAACUCCCCCUUUUAAAGCCAUCAGAUCUCCUAAGACUUACUCAGUAUCAUGAGAACAACAGGGAGAAAGACCUGCUCCCAUAAUUCAGUCACCUCCCACCAGGUCUCUCCCACAACGUGUGUGAAUUCAAGAUAAGAUUUGGGUGGAGACACAGCCAAACCAUAUCACCACCUGAGGCUCAGCUCUAGCCCUUAGCCCACCUGUGGGGAGAGUUUACUGCCUGGGGUACCCCCCUCGCCCAUGUCUCUAGCUACAAAACAAUUCUAUUGCUUUUUUCCAAAAUAAAACCUCAACUAGCUCUGCCAACUUUGUGUGUAUAUAUAUAUAUAUGUAUAUGUAUAAAUAUGUUAUAUAUCUAUAUAUAUAUCUAUAAAUAUGUGUUAUAGACAUUACAUACAUAUGUAAGACUGAGACUGGCAGUGCCUAGAAGACAUUCCAAAAAUAAAAUGAGCUUAGAAGAAGCUUUGAGCCAAGUAAUCACUAUUUCAAACUAAGGGGACAACAGUGAUAAAGUUGAUUCUGUGAGAGUCAUCCUCCUUUAUCACCGCACUUCAUCAAACUUCUGAGGGAGUCAUAAUAGAAGCCCUGGGCUAGAGUGGCUGUGCUGUGUUUCCCGAUGCAGACUUGGAACAGUGACAGUAGAAAACUCUUACCUCUCUGCAAGAAAUAGAAAUAAGCAAAUACUGUUUAUGCCAGUAGUGUCUCUCAAUCUUGGAACUCUUCCUUCCUUUUUUCUAUUUCUUGUUUUCCUGUCUGUAACUAAUGUACUCUGUUUCAAACUGUGUAUCUGAAAAUACUAACUAUUAAAGUACACACCAUAUGUAGAAAGAUUGAUUGCAAGUCUCAGAUUCUGAUUGUACAUGCAUAUGGCAUUUAAAAAAACACACACUAAAAUUUUUUAAAAAUAAUUAUAAUAUGCCAGGAAAGGAAGGAAAAUGCAAUCACACAAAACACUCAUUUAAAACCAUGAAAGGCUGAAAAAGAAUAGAAGGCAAACAAAGAACAAGAACAGCAAAUAUGGUAAAUAUUAAUGCAACUAUAUCAUUGAUCACUUGGGUUAUCAGUAGACUAAAUACCAAUUAAAAGGCGCUGUCAGCUCGACUAGGUUCACAGACACCCAGAUAGAUGGUAAACCAUUAUUUCUGGGCAUGUCUAUGCAGGUGUUUUCUGGAAGAGAUUGGCAUUUGAAUACAUAGUCUGAGUAAAGAAGAUGUGCCCUCACGCGUGUAAGUGGGCAUCAUCCAAUCUGUUGAGGGCCCCAGCAGAACAGAAAGGUAGAGAAAUGACAAUUUGCUCUCUCUUCUGAAGCUCAGACAUCCAUUUUCUUCUUCAGAACUCUAGGUUCUCGGGCUUUUGGACUCUAGAAUUUUCACCAGUGGCCCUUCAGGUUCUCAGGGCCUUUAGCCUUGGACUGAGUUACACCGUCAGCUCCCUGAGUUCUCAGGCCUUCGGACUCAGACUGAAUUAUAGCACUGGCUUCACUGAUUCUCCAGCUUAUUACUUCUAUAACUGCCUAAGCCAAUUUCCACUAAAAAUCAUAUAUAUACACACACGUAUGUAUGUGUGUAUGUAUCUAUAUCCAUCCAUCUUCUAUUGGUUCUGUCUCUCUGGAGGGCCCUACUACAGGUAACAAUCUUUAAAGUCUAUACACCAUUAGAGCAUUUAAACACAUGAAGCAAAAACUGACAGAAUUGCAAGAAAAAAAUAGAAGAAUCCACUAAUAUAAUUGGAGAUUUCACCCCUCCAUCAUAAAUAGACCCAGCAGGCAGAAAAUCAGUAUGGGCAUAAUUUAACUCAGCAAAACAAUAAAUCAACUGGAUAUGGUGAACAGCAGUAGACUGCCACAUGCAACAGCAGUAGAAUACACCUUCUUCUCAAGCUCACGUGGAACACUCACCAAGAUAAACUAUAUUCUGGACCAGUUUAAAAGACUAGAAAUCAUAUGGUGUCUACUUUGGAAUUAAACUAGAAGUUGGUAACAGAAAGAUAGCUGGAAAAUUCCUAGUACUUGGAGAUUAAACAGCAUUUCUAAGUAACUCUGGGUCAAAGAAGAAAUCUCAAGAUAAAUUUUUUAAUAUUUUGAACUAAAUAAAAUGCAAACACAGCUUGUCAAAAUGUGUGGGACGCAGUUAAAGAAGGUUAUUUUUCAAAGAUCAAAGGACAUCUUGUUUGCUUCCAAUUUUGGCAAUUAUGAAUAAACCUCUAUAAACAUUCACGUACAGGUUUCUGUGGACCCAAGUGUUCAACUCCUAUGGGUCAAUACCAAAGGAAUGUGUAAGAAACUGCAAAACUGUUUUUCCAAAGUGGCUGUAUGACUCUGUCACCCGGGCAGGAGUGCAGUGGCAUGAUCUCAGCUCACUGCAACCUCUGCCUCCCAGGUUCAAGCAAUUCUCCUGCCUUAGCCUCCUGAGUAGCUGGGAUCAUAGGUGCGUUCCACUGGGUCCUGCUAAUUUUUAUAUUUUUAGUAGAGAUGGGGGUUUCACCAUGUUGACCAGGCUGAUCUUGAACUCCUGACCUCAGGUGAUCUACCCCAGUAGGCCUCCCAAAGUGCUGGGAUUAUAGGUAUAAGCCACUGUGCCCAGCCAAUUUUAUUACUUUAUUUCAAUAACUCAGUAGCUCAACUGUGAGAUUUUGCCCUAAGAGAAGAGCUCAUGCAUAUCCUGGCAAGAGAAAUUGCGAUUUCAGAAAUAAAAGUAACUCACUAUAAAUUUUUGGUGUUUUUUUAAGUUUAACCUUCUGGGAAAAAAGUUUUUUACUAUUCAUUCGUUCAUUCAUUCAACAAUGAAUUCUGUGGUUUCUUUUUACCUUUCUACUUUUUUUUUUUUUCCCAGACAGGGUCUUGCUCUAUUGCCAAGCUAAAGUGCAGUGGUGUGAUCACACCUCACUGCAGACUUGAACUCCUGGGAGGCACAUACCACCCAUGCCCAGCUAACUUUUUUAAUAUAUUUGUGUAUAGAUGGGGUCUCACCAUGUUGCCCAGACUGAUAGUGAACUGCUGGCCUCAAACAAUCCUCCUGCCUUAGCCUCCCAAAGUGCUGGGAUUACAGGCAUGAGCCAGCAUGCCUGGCCUUCUUUUUACUGUUCUUAAUGUGGCUUCUAGAAAUUUUAAAUUAAAUACGUGGCUUGUAUUUGUGCCUUGCAUUGUAUUUCUAUUGGACAAUUCUGCUCUAGGGAUUGCACUUAUUUUCCAUAAAUUAAGAUAAAAUUUCAUUAAGUCAAAGUUCUUAUUAGAAGUACUGUUACUUGAUCUUUUAAAAAUAAAUAAAUAAAAGAUGCACACUGAUAACAUUAUAGUCCUGUUACUGAAAUUUGAAUACAGGUGUGAGGUUGUAGUAACGUACUAAGACCAAAAUCAUCUGACCUUUUUUUUUUUUUCCAUGUCUCUCCUGUCUGAACUUCGGUGACUCUUCACAAAAUAGUACG